AUAGUGAUUCAUAUUCGCCCGCCUGCGGGUAGGGCAGCUGCUUAUAUCGUCAUAGCAGCUGACUAUUCUUCUGAUGCGCUUGAACCAUCGCCGGUACAGCACCCCUUGUUCGUCGACCCAGCCAUAGCCUGCCGGACAGUCGGCGGCGUUUCGGCAAAAGUGGUGUUCCAUGUAGGAGUAGCACAUGGUGAGUAG